UGGUCCCAAUGCAGAACAACAUGGGGUCGCAAGACAGGACCAAGAAAGUUGAUCUGAACGGAAAGUUUGUGUGCCCGUGAGCCUACGAUCACGGUCCCGGUGCUUUUUGCUGAGAUGCGAUUAUCAUGUUAAAGAGGCCUUAUUGACUGUCAUGUUCAUGUUACUGCUGUACCUGGGGUCAAGAACAUGGGCGAGUUCGGUCAGAUGCUUGAGCAAGACAUCAAUCUCCGUACUGCGUAUGUUCUCAAAGAAAUGCUCCUACGUGGAUUCACCACAGUUCGCGACACCGGCGGGGCUUCCAAGCGAGUGGCCCUGGCGAUAGAAGAAGGCCUGUUUCCGGGUCCCAGAUUGAUUCAGUGCGGGAAGGCGCUUUCACAGACAGGCGGACAUGGUGAUUUUGAACCGGGACUUUCCGGUGGCUCGUCGACGAGCUGUUGCGGCGGUCAUUCCAAGGGACUGGGACGUGUCGCAGACGGAGUUCCCGAUGUUCUCAGAGCUGUGAGGGAAGAAUUGAAGGCUGGGGCAGAUUUCAUCAAAAUCAUGGUAGGCGGUGGAGUGGCGUCUGAGACCGACGCGAUCGAAACCGUGCAAUACACCGCCGAAGAGAUCAAAGCCAUAACCACCACCUGUAAACAAAUGGGAGGCAAGAUGACAACCGCACAUGCAUAUACUGUAGAGGCCAUCCGUCAUGCUAUCGAUAACGGAGUUGCCGGCAUCGAGCACGGAAAUCUGAUCGACCGCCCAACCGCUGAUCUGAUGGCUUCGAAAGGAAUAUUUUUGACACCAACCCUGUCUUGUUAUGGCAUCAUGGUUCGCCCUCCCUUCGAAGACUUCCUCCCUCCAGAUGGGAAGAAGAAGAACGCUCAAGUGAUGGAACAAGGUCUCGCAGCCCUCAAGAUUGCACAUGAAGCUGGUGUAACGAUCUGCUAUGGUUCAGAUCUGCUAACCUCUCUGCACGCACUGCAGACGGAAGAGUUUGCAGUUAGGGCAGCAGUCUUGCCAUCUCAAGAGAUCCUCCGGCACGCGACCACGAACGCAG